UUCUCUUUUUCCCUGUCUCCACGGCGACAAUUUUCUCGGACCAGAAAAAACUCGGCGAAAACCUCGCACCAAUCGAAACCGAUGACACACCAAUUCGGGGAAUUUUGGAAAACACCGGUUCAAUUCAUCUGCGAUUAGUCGCCACCCAUUAGUUUCUCUCCCCAUUUAAAAGCUCUCAGUCUUCGUCCAUUUCCCUUCGAUUCUUUUCCUCCGGUGAGAAUCCACUCUCCAUCGCAUUGCUCAUCCUUAAACAUUUUUUCGAGAGGUUUUAGUCCCCAACAGGUUGAUAAAUACCCGUCAUGUCCCAGACCGGGAUCCUGAAUUGCAAAGAUUAUGUUUCUCUCUUGGGGUUGGAGAAUAUUCAUCUUUGAAGCCAGCUUCUCCAGCCCCAGGAGCUCCAAGAAUUUGUUUUCCGCUCAGUUUUGGGUUAUAGGGUUUCCAUUUUAUUGCAAUCUAACAAGGAAUUGUUCUUGAAUCUCUGGGAUUUUAAUUCCUUCUGGGGAUUUAGAUUCCGAUUCCCGUGUUCUCUUGUUAUAUAAUCUUCACGUUUUUUAGAAAAUCUUAUAGAAAGUUGGUUUCUUUGAUCGAAGGGCCUUGUUGGGUUUGUAAAUAUUGAUGGGUUUAUUAGAGGUUUGAGAAUCCUCGUAAUUUCAGAUUUGUAACGCAACAAGAAACAGACCCUGCGUUUCUUGUGGGUUUUCAAGAUAUCUGAACAAUGUCUAUUGCUGAUAUUACUCCGAUUCGCAAAGAGCUGGUGAAUUUUGCCGGAAAUUUCCGAAGCAGACCAGAACCUUGCUCUAGAGAAUCGAUCCUAAUAUACCUUACUGUUGCCGGUUCAGUGAUUCCUAUGCGUGUAUUGGAGUCCGAUUCGAUAACGUCAGUGAAGCUUAGAAUUCAGAAAUAUAAAGGGUUCGUAGUGAAGAAGCAAAAGUUAGUUUAUGCAGGUAGGGAAUUGGCCCGGAACGAUGAUCUUAUCAAGGACUAUGGUGUCACUGGUGGGGAUGUUCUACAUUUGGUCCUAAGGCUCUCCGAUCUCCUACUCAUCACCGCUAGGACCAUUUGUGGAAAAGAGAUUGUGUUUCAAGUAGAUCGGUAUCGUAAUGUAGGGUAUCUCAAGCAACGCAUUUGGAAGGAGGAGGGGAAAGGUUUUGUUGAUAUUCAGGACCAAGAAAUUUUUUGUAAUGGCGAGAAGCUCAACGACCAGAUACGUGUUGCUGAUAUAUGCAAGGAUAACGAUGCAGUGAUUCAUUUGGUUGUUCAGAAAUCUGCAAAAUUUAGAGCCAAGCCUGUUGAGAAGGAGUUGGAACUUUUGGUUGUGGCAGCAACUGCAACUGAAGAGAGCCAUGACAGACUUGGAGGAGAUCAGCAACCCGGGGCGCUUCAAGUAGUUACGAGGGAGCCACUAGGUGGAGAUUUCUGGUUGGAACCGAUCGUUGUUAAUACAAAGGUAGAAUUUCCCUCUAGUAUUCGGGAUAUGAUUAACUCUGCAUUCGCUGGUUUAGAGAAAGGAAAUCAACCUAUCAGGUCCUCUGAAGGCACCGGAGGAGCUUAUUUCAUGCAAGAUUCAUCUGGUCAGGAAUAUGUUGCCGUUUUCAAGCCCAUUGAUGAGGAGCCCAUGGCCGUUCACAAUCCCAGAGGCCUACCCGUGUCAUCAAAUGGUGAAGGGUUGAAGAGGGGAACAAAGGUAGGAGAAGGAGCAUUGAGGGAAGUUGCUGCUUACAUAUUGGAUCAUCCUAGGGCUGGACCUCGCAUGCUAUCAGGCGAAGCAAUGGGAUUUGCCGGUGUAGCCCCGACAACCAUGGUUCGCUGCUUGCACCAAGGAUUUAAUCAUCCGGGAGGGUAUAAUUGCACGUCAAAGAAUGUUAAGAUUGGCUCAUUGCAAUUGUUCAUGAAGAAUGAUGGAAGUUGCGAGGACAUUGGUCCCGGGGCUUUCCCCGUGGAUGAGGUACAUAAGAUCAGUGUGCUUGAUAUUAGACUGGCAAAUGCAGAUAGGCAUGCUGGCAACAUAUUGUUCCGCAAAGGGGAGGAGGGGAAGAAUGUACUCAUUCCAAUUGAUCAUGGAUACUGCUUACCCGAAAAUUUUGAAGAUUGUACUUUUGAAUGGCUUUACUGGCCUCAAGCUCGCCAACCUUACUCUCCUGCCACCAUUGAGUACAUAAAUUCUCUAGAUGCUGAACAAGAUUUAGCACUACUGAAAUUUUAUGGAUGGGGGGACAUUACACUUGAGUGUGCCCGCACGCUCCGUAUAUCCACCAUGCUUCUGAAGAAAGGAGUGGAGAGAGGUCUCACUCCCUUUGCCAUUGGAAGCAUUAUGUGCAGGGAAACUGUGACAAAGGAAUCUGUUAUAGAGAAGAUUGUUUGUGAAGCCAAGGAUUCCUUGCUCCCUGGCAUGAGUGAGGCUGCAUUCCUUGAAGCUGUCUUCCGGAUCAUGGAUUCCCAUCUUGAUAAAAACGCUAAAUGAAACUUUGCUUUGUAUUAUUAAAUGGUCCAUCUUUGGAUGGACUGAAUGUCAUACAAAAUGUGGAUGGCUUAUCUUUUUAUGUAUAAGCUUGAAGCUUUUUCUCUUUACUUCUGUCAACUGUUACCUGGGGUUGUAUUGGGAUGUCGAAACCACAAAAAAAAAAAAAAAAUAUUAUGAAUAAGAUGUGCUCUGCAGGAUUAUAAUGACUGUUAGGCAAUUGAGAUUUACAAUUCGGAGCUGUGUA